CGCCCGCCGCCGCGAUGCCGGUGAAGAACCGGUACAACCUGGUGGACGAUGGCUGCGACUCGCGCGUCCCGCUGCACAACGAGGAGGCCUUCCAGCACGGCAUCCACUUCCAGGCCAAGUACAUUGGUAGCUUGGACGUUCCCAGGCCCAGCAGCCGCGUGGAGAUUGUGGCAGCCAUGAGACGGAUUCGGUAUGAAUUCAAAGCCAAGAACAUUAAGAAGAAGAAGGUGAGCAUCAUUGUGUCUGUGGAUGGCGUGAAGGUGAUCCUGCGCAAGAAGCAGAAGCGAAAGGAGUGGACGUGGGAUGAGAGCAAGAUGGUGGUGAUGCACGAUCCCGUGUACAGAAUCUUCUAUGUGUCUCACGACUCACAAGACCUGAAAAUAUUCAGUUACAUCGCUAGGGACGGUGCCAACAACUCCUUCAGGUGCAACGUCUUCAAAUCCAAGAAGAAGAGCCAGGCCAUGCGUGUGGUGCGCACGGUGGGCCAGGCCUUCGAGGUGUGCCACAAGCUGAGCCUGCAGCACGCCCUGCAGAACGCUGACGGCCAGGCGGACGGUGCCAGCGACAAGUCGGCAGAGGAGCAGCCAUCUGAAGUGCACCAGAUAAAGGGCUCCAAGAUCACAGAUGUGGACGAGGUUGGCCUUGACUCUGAUGGCAUCUGUGUAUCCGAGAGGGGAGCAGGAGAGCUGCCCACUGCCAGGGGUGAGCUGAGCACACUGAAACCUGGACAAGGCUCCAAGGACAAGAACUGCCAGGACUCCGAGAGCUGCUCCUUGUACCCGGCCAGCUCACAGCAGCUGCUCAGCCCGGGCAGCCCCUGCUCUUCAGCCUCCAUCACCCCACUGGCCUCCCAGCACUGCCUCCAGCUGCUCCAGCAGCAGCUCCUCCAGCAGCAGCAGCAGACACAGGUGGCAGUGGCUCAGGUGCAGCUGCUGAAGGACCAGCUGGCGGCAGAGACGGCGGCGCGCAUCGAGGCGCAGGCCCGGGUGCGGCAGCUGCUGCUGACCAACCGCGACCUGCUGCAGCACGUCUCGCUGCUGGUGCGGCAGCUGAAGGCGCUGGAAAGCCGGGCGCAGCGGCGGCAGCCGGUUGACCGUUCGCUGCAGAACCUGUCCCUGGCGCAGUCGCUGUCGCUCAACCUCAAGAACCACUACAGCCUGGACUUCGCCCUGCCCUCCACCUCCACCCCCGCCAGCGUCCUGGGCAGUCCCGUGGCUCCCCGCUCGCCAUCGGCGCUGGGCGCCGGGGAUUCCUACCUCAACCUGGUCGGCCUGGAGGGGGCCGGGCCCUGCUUCGGCAGCAAGGACGGGGCCGAGGGUCCGGCGGGGCACGAGGGGCUCAGCCGGCGCGUGGAGGGCUCCGAGGUCAGCGACUUGGCGCUGCUCAGCGGGAGCGGCCGGCAGAAGGCAGAGGACGCGGACAGAGGGGACGAGGACAGGCGGCAGCAGCCCAUUCCCAAGCUCAACCCACCGCCACCCAUCCUACGCAAGAGGUCAAGCAAGACCUCCCCGAGCCUAGAAGUGGACAUUAAGCCUGAGAGUACUGCCCACGUGAGCCUCCCCAGCCCCAGUGUGUCCGGCCUCACCAGCAUCACUGCCACCUCCCUCACCCUCCUGGACCCUGAGGCAAGGACUCCUGCACGGAGCGCUGCUGCCAAUGCAGAGCCCCUCUCUGUUGGGACCUACCAACAUGUUCUGAGCAAGGACAGGUCUGGAGAGAAUGGGCACACAUCCCCUCCAUCCAGCAUCCAUGAUCCCACAGCCAGUGAUGCCCUGAGCAAGGACUUGGCCUCACUGCUGAGCCCCACGGACAGCACACUGCCGUUCUCCCCUGCAGAUGACACCUGUUUGCACAUCAGCUUCUCAGAAGAUGAGCUGCUGGAGCCGGAGCUGGACACUACUGUGGGGCCCAGCAGGGUCCCUUCUUAGUUGGACACAGCACUGGCAGCCGGCUGACAGGCAGUCACAGUGGCUCUUUCCACAUCGCUCCCCCUGCACACUGGGGUUACAGGGUCCCUGCACCCUGCCUGGGUCAGGUUCCUUCACUGUCCCUGCUCCAUGCAUCAGCUCCUGCCACGUGUGGGCUGCAGCAGAGAGUGCAACCCGGUCAGCCCCUGUCCUAUUCUGCACCAGUUCGUGCUGUCUUCCUGCUUUGCCCAGCCCUUUUGUGUUCUGUCCUUCCCUUGGUCAGACAUGCCAAGUGGGUCUUUGUCCCAGGGAGCUCUCACUUCUGCUGCCUGGCAGAAGCACAGAUCCCACUCAUUACCACAUCCCUGGCUGCUGCAGACAGCCCCAGCUCCACAUCCUUCCCACUGCAUCCCCAGCCCUGCUGUGGUGGGGUGGCCUCGGGAGGGAGAGAUGCAGACACCUCACUGCCUUCAGACCGGUCCUGUUUUGGAGACAGCAGCUUCACCGCCCCACUGCUGUGUCCCUGUGCAGCAAUGCCACCACUGCCUCCCUCCAAAGGUGCCUUUUCCUAUGCUGGGCCACUUACUGUCCACACAGACUGGGGCUGCCCUGCGAGAGGCUGGUAUGGGGUGACUGCCCACAGGGGAGAGUCGGGAGCCCCAUGCCACAGCAGGUGCUCCGCAUAUUUUGGGGUGGCACAGAGGCAGCUGCUCCAUGCACACCUCUCUGAGCACUUUGGGGCUGCUCUGUCAUGUUGGGGUGUUAUGAAAUGGUUCAGUGUGAAGUUGGAAGCAUGAAUGUCUGGGGUUCAGUUUGCAGAUGGAAGGUUUAAGGAAGAAACCCAGCCCUGUGGGGAGAGCCAAGGCAAUACUUGGUGCUGCCACACAGCCCUCAUCAGCACAGGCUGGAGCAGGUUCUGGGGAGGGACCCUGGGAGGUGAUCCUCCACUCACUGUUUGCAAGAGGAGGUUUGGGAAUGUGCUGGAGGCUCGAGUUGGGGAAGUGUCAGGAGAUGGAGGCUCAGAGCAGCCAUUCUGCCCCAGUGCAGAGUGUGGCAGGACCUCAACAGCACAGCACUGUGGGGCCCAGGGCUGACCAGGAGCCGAUGGGAGCUGAUGACAGAGGGCCCGUGGCACCACCAGCACUGCUGAGGACACACGAUGGGAGCUGUGGAUUUGUAAAGCUGUGGUUGGGCCGCGUGUUAGUGUGGUAGAGACAGAUCGACCACUCCUUUAGGAAAUAAAGUACACAGCAGUUUGGUAACUGAGUUUUAAAGAAAAUAAAUGCCUCGAAUUUGCA